AAAACAAUACUGUAUAUUGGUAUUUUUAGAAAGACUCAAAACCGCUGUAUGUAAUCUUUAAUGUGAAACUCAUGCCAUUUAUAGUUACGUAAGCUGUUUUCAUUACAAAAUAUGUUUCUAUAAAUUGACUCUGCAUCCUAUAAUGUGGUAUGUAAGGACUAUAAAGAGUGAAAAGUUUGAUUUCUUACCACUUAAGUAUGGCUGACAUGAACAAACAGGAGUUUGAUCUGAAGCUGUAGGUAAAUCCUUCUUCAAGCCAAAAUGUUGUAUUAAAUGCAAUCUACUGGUUCUUCCAUUUUCUCUUCCUUCAAGAUCUUAUAAGAAACUGAACGUCAAUAUUUAGUGGCUUAUAUAAUGUAACUUUUUAAUUACAUGUAAAGUAAUUACAACAACUAUAGUCUAUCUGAUGGAGUAUCAAUUGGACAGCAAGCUUUUGUCUUAGUAAAAUGAAAUCUGUUUCUCAUGAAUCUUCCAGGUAAGAUGUAGGGUUUUAAAAAAUGAGUCCUUUAGCUGCUUUCAGCUAUACCAAUUCCUUUUACUAAAUUGAGCUCUAUUUCAAGUCCUUUGGAAUUUUCAAUGAAAAAGGGUUUUCUAACUUUCAAAUAUAUUAAGUGUCAUAUUAAAAUGAAUAUAAAAUGCCUUGAAAGUCCUUUAGAAAGUAUAUAUUGGUUUAUGCCUUCAUGGAGGGUCUGACCAUGUGUGUGUCUUGAAGAAGACGUAAUCCACAAACAGUUUAGCUCCCUAGCUCUGGGUUAUAGAGUAGUAAAAUAAAAUAUUUAAGUUAAUUAAAGAGUGAGGUUCUUCCACUCCAUUAAUGCUGUUUAUCUGUCUUCCAUUUGUUAACAUUAUUUGCUCAACUUAUCAACUGAUGCUUUGAACACUAUCAAAAACUAAGGAUAAACGUUCUCAUAUUUGUAAGCAUGCUUCUCCUGAAAUUUAGCUACAGUACUAAUUGGCAUCAUUAUUCAUCUAUCCUAGUACAAUGGUAGGAUAAAGUGGAAAUGGAACGGCUGGAACUAUGGUAAAGCACUCUUUGGUAUAUCAUGCUGGGCUCCUAAUUUGCAUUAAGUUUGACCACAAAUCAAGCCCCAUCCUCUUAGAAUUCAUUAUACCGUGCUGGUAUCUGAACCUAGUGAAUGAUAUGAUUGGGUGUUUUCCAUUGACAGUGCACGGAUCUCUUUAUAAGGGUGGUUGCUGCAAAUUCCAGUUUUUCCAAAAUCCAUUUUAUUUAGGGUUUAUCCACAAAUUGUGUUCAGUUUGUUAAAACUUUUGUUUCCUAAAUGUCUACAAACCACCUUAUGCCAAAUGUCUUGCAAAUAAUACUCCUUUAAGAUUUCCUUGAAUUUUUACGAAUGUAAAGCAAAUAAAUGUAUUAAUGUAAUUCGUUGAGGAAAAGCUACAUACUGAAGGGCUUCUGUGUAUAAAUUCUGGGAAAGAAAAGCCUAUUUGUAAUCUAUACACUGCAGUUCCAUCUGGGUUUUAAGUUUAGAUUUCAGCAUGUCUUAGUGCUUCAGUCUAUUGAUUUAUUGGAACAAGUAAUAAAUAGGAGCAGUGACGUAUGAAAAUGCAAGUAUUCAUUAAUGUUUUAUAUCUUCAUAAAAAUUCCGUGGUUAUGAAGCUGUAUUUUAGCAAUCAAGAUGUUAAAGAGAUCAGAGCAGUGAAAAUUUAUAAAGAUAGUUUGGUAGUGUGUACAGAAAUAGACUAGAUUUAGAGGUAGGGUAGGUCAGAAAGUGAACAUAAAGCUGCAGAAAUUUUAUAAGAUUUAAAUUCAGUAUGAGGAAUAACUCUAAUUCUGUCUUACGAGCCUUUUCUGAAAGCCGUCUGAGUUGACAUUCUUAUUGGAGCUGUAGGCCGAAUUGUGCGAAGAUAAAAGUAAAAAUUAAGUUUUUAUUUUACUGUAUCAGGGAAUGGAAACAGAAACUGGUGUGAAAGCUGCUCAUGUGUACUGGUGAACUAGGCAUGCAGACAGUUGAUGGACAAGGCCGUAUUUUGUGUGUUUAUCCCAGUUCCUCAGUUGAGGUCAUUUGAAAGUUAUAAAUGUUCUAAGUAAGAUCUUAAGGCAAGGAACAAAUAACAUGGAAUUCUGUUUUGAAGGACAAGAGAGUAUACGCAGAAAAGCAGUCCCAGUCGGGCUUUUCAUCUGUGUCAGAUUUGAACCUAUAUAAAUCCCCACAGAGCACGGGUAGUCGAUACCAGUGGGAAGGAAAACAGUCAUUGCUUGAUGAUUACUUCCUUUUUGUACCCACCUUCGGUUUGUGUAGGUCAUAUUCCAACUGGCUUUUUAGUAAUAGAUAUCCAGUAUAUACUGUAUCAAAUACAUUUGAGGUUCUAAUCUAGUCUGUUAAUCUAACUAAAGUUGGAUUUUUAAAAUAAUAAAAAGUUAAAUGUACUUUCCUUGAAUGCUUUAUUUCUUUCCUUUUUGAAACAAGUGAACCAGGCUUAAGGGAUAACCCAUUAUUACUGGUAUGCAUAUGAAGCGUUUACUGAUACGAUAGCCUUCCACAGUUAAACAGGAAUCCGCAAACUUUUGCUGUAAAGGGCAGAUAGGAAAUAGUUGAGGCUUUGAGUGCCAGAUGCAACUACUCUACCUUUGUAGCACAACAGCCAUAGUAGAUAGGACACAAACCAGCGAGCAUGGCAGUUUUCCAAUCCGACAACAACAAAAAUGGCCAAUGGGCUACAGUUUGCUGACCCCUGAAAUGAAGGAUUUAAAAGAUUUAAAAUUUAAGAUUUGAUUUUUCCCCCAACUUCUUACUUUGGAAAAAAAAAAAUUAAAUAUACAGAAAGUUGAAAGGAUGGUACAAUGAAUAAGGUUUGUCUUUAGAAAAUUAUUUUUCUCUUUUAUUAUCAUUCUUUUGACUUCUGUGUACAAGCUCUGACUCCUACACUCAAACCCCACUACCCCCAUGCCUGUCAUUCUGACUGAUCAUACAUUGUCUAGGCAAAGCAGUGCCACCCAUGUUCCCUCACAACCAUUCUGUGAAGCUGAUAGGGUAGACCACUGCAUAUUCUAGAAAAGAAGCUAGAGCAACCAAAGAGUAUAUUAUUUUAAGCUGAAAGUAAUCAAGAUUAGAUUAGGGUCCUCUUGACCACUGUCACUGUUAAAAUGGGGAUACCACCUCUCUAGCCUGUGGAGCAGAUAAUAUAGGGUAAAGAUCAUAUUGAAAAUGAGUGUUUUAUACCAACGGAAGGGGUUAUUUUUAUUGUGCUACAUCAAAAUCAGUAAUUUCUCCAGGUCUAUUGGUACUUCUGUUUUUCGUCUCCAGUUUUAACUAGUUAUUGAAAUCCUUGUUAACCUUCUUAGUCCUUUUCUUCCCCUGAUUUUAUUAGCUGCCUCAGUCAAUACCUAUACUUGACAAUUCCUGUUGGCCAUAUAGUUUAAGUUAGAGUAAAUUUGGAUUACUUCUGAUCUCUAAUGAACAGUUUUUGUGUGGUUGGAAAUUUUAAAUAUUUAUUUGACACAGAGCAAGAGAGAGAGGAGAAGCAGGGGGAACAGCAGGCACCCUGCUGAGCAAGGAGCCCGACGACAUGGGACUCCAUCCCAGGACCCCGGGAUCAUGACCGGAGCCGAAGGCAGACACUUAAUGAGUGAACCACCCAGGCGCCUCCCCCCUUUUUGAGAACUAUUUUAUUAAACUGUUAAUCUACAGUUUAACAUUAGAAAAAGGGAGAGGGGCGCCUGGGUGGCUCAGUCGUUGGGCGUCUGCCUUCGGCUCCGGUCAUGAUCCCGGGAUCCUGGGAUCGAACCCCACGUCGGGCUCCCUGCUCGGCGGGAAGCCUGCUUCUCCCUCUUCCACUCCCCCUGCUUGUGUUCCCUCUCUCGCUAUGUCUCUCUCUGUCAAAUAAAUAAAAUCUUUUAAAAAAAAGGGGGGGAAUGUGCCUCCACUGGGACAUGUGGAGUCAAUGGUAAUAUAGUCUACAAAUGUAUUUUAAAUCAUUUUAAAAACUGCAUGUUUAAGGUGAUAAAAGUUUCAGAUUUACAAAGUGCAGGAGAUGGUUGUAGGGAGAGGUUGAUGUAAGUCAUUUUAACUGGCCACUGUCCUGGUUAUUCAUAGUGGCUCAGUCUAAGCUACUAAGAUUCUGGGACUUAACCUUGAAGGUCAUUGACGGGAGGGGAGGGUCUAGAGAGUGAAAUAUGGAAGGUGACUCCCAAGUUGGGGUUGGUUACCAGUCGGGUAGCGCAGACAUACAUAGGUAAGUGUCGUAAGUGUGGUAAGCUAUUAUAACAGGUGUUGGCAGGAGGAUGCAAGCUGUGUGUUAUCAGGUUGUACCCAGCAGAGACAUGGAGUGUGAAGCAGCAAGACUCUGUUAGGGUGACUGCAAGGUGUUCAAUGCAACAAGAGUGGCGAGUGGACAGAGGUGGAAGGAGCCAAGGCUAGAAGUGUGAACGGAAGGCCUGAUGGUAGAUCAGAAGUUCUGGUGUGUUGGAGGAGCUCGGAUAAAGGUUUUGGAGAAGAGCUACAAGGGGUUUUGAGCAGCUGUUAAAGAUUGUAACUUAAAUAUCUUAAUAACCUUCUCUAAGGAACUCAAAGUGCCUUCUCAGUGGUAAUGUAAACAAAGGAAUGAGCCAGCAGAUGAGAGUGUCUGCUUUAUUCGACAGGUUCUGCUCCCUGCGUUGGAGGAGAUGAUGAUGUGUAGUGGCCUGGAAUGGCAAAAUGAGAAAGUGGCCUGUGUGGAGUAGUUGAGGAUAAAACUUAGGGGUUGUGCAGGGGUUCGAGAGCUGCUGCAAGAGAACUGGUCUGCUCUGGGUAUUCGGAAAUAGGUGGAAUGAGUUGGGUGGAGGACAGACAUCUGACUAAACGGGGGGGGGGGGAAAGCUUGUAUACUUGGCAGGCUUUCCACAGGACCAUGAGCUAUGGGGGAGGAAACCCACAAAAAUUAUGAAUAAUCAUGGAUGUAAUGGAACUACGACGAGCAGCUUUAGAGCAUAAAGCCUUUUAUUCUACCUCUAGUUUUCCCAUGGGAUUUAAAUUUAAAAAUGCAUAUUUUAAAAAUUAUGUGAACCCAGAUUAGAGUUUAAUAUAUAAAAGUAAUUUGUGAAAUCAGGAACUAUGGAGCUGAUAAAAAUUAUUAACCAUCCCUCUUCAGCUGUUCCUAUCUAAUCUCUCAAUACUGUGAUCCAAAUGUUUUGUUGCUAUUUGUUGACUGAGAGCCAAAGUAGCAGCAAAACAAGGCUUCUGACAUAAAACUGUGCAGCUUGCUCACUCAGGAACACCACUGUCUUCUAAAUAUUUGGACAAAGACUGUUGGUGAGAAGACCUGGCAGCUACUCACCAGGUGGGGAUUAGAGGCAAUAAAAGCUCACAACCUCAGGGCUUAUACAAGAGGUCUCCUGUAAUGUCCUACUUUCCAGAGGAAUUCCCUGCUAAUGAGGAAGCCAGUUGGCUCUUUGCCUAGUGCCAUCUGGAGACCUGGAGGUGUCACAGAAGUUUGUUAGGCUUUUUAGAUGUUGACUUUGUGGACUUGGUGACCUUCAUUGGGUUCAAUGCAGGGAACUAUGGCGUUGGGUUUGACUCCUUCCAGCAUUCAGGCAGAAAUGCCAUUCAACCCCUUCCCACACCUAUCACAUGUUUAAUGGCCACUUGGCCUCUUCCCUGCCAUUUGGUGACAUCCAUUCCCCCCAGAUUUCUUUCUCCCACUUAGGAGUUCCAAAUCAGAUCAUCUUGCCCAAUCUGGGUCCAUUCUGUAUGUGCCCAUUCAAUGAUGAAACAGGGUCAACUUGGAUUUCUUUUUAAGGGUGAAGACAAAAUACCCAAAAGCCACCUUCCAGUGGUUAAGUUUUGAACCAUUACUGAUUUGAAGGACUUGUUAUCUUAGUUAAUAGGUAAGACAGAUUACCAUAAUGCAAGAAAUUAGAGUCCUGUAUAUAGAGUCCAGCUCUGGGCUCCCUAUCAGCUAGUUUGUCAUUAAUGGCUGUGAAAUCAUGUGGAAACCCAAAAGGAAGUUCAGUUCAUUUUUUGCUUGCAGUUUAAAUGAAAAAAGAUUCUACUGGGUGUGAUGCUGAACAAUCUCUACACAUUGGUGUGUUUUACUCCUUGAUUAGGGCAAUUUUGCUUGCAUAAAAAGGUCUUUGAAAUGCCUCAUGGUAAUAGUACUUUUUAUGUCUAUAAAAAUGGCUCAGCUCUGACAAUUUUUACAUUUAAGGUACAGCGUGGGAGUGGGUUUCAAGUAUCUCUUGAUUAUUCUUCUGAAUUAUUUGGGCAUAUGUUUUUAAUUGGCAAAAAAUAACCAGACUUCAGAAAUUGGUCAUUUUUAUUCCAUCAAGUUAAUGGUGAGUGGCUUAUUUAAUAAAAACAUGUCUGUAAUGUAACACAAAUAGCACGUACAGCUGUUCAUUUGUCAAUCUUUUUGCCUGUAUGAGGCAUCUUAAACAGUUUUGCUAAAGGAUAGGUCACCAAGAGGGGAAAUCUGUCAUUUUAAAUAAUUCUUCCCCUAAGGCACCGUAUCACCAGCCACCACGUUGGAUGAGGUGGGUGCUGCAGCAAGCGUCCUUCGUGGCUGGACGAGGGAUGUUGAGAAAGCUGAGAGAAUCGUAAUCUUUUAUUUUUUUCUGAGCUGAAAGCUACCAGCGAGAAGAUUAACUUCAUUCCUCAGGAGAAACGAUUGUCCGAAAGCACAGAGCCAGUCGGUUAACGACGCGGACCGCGCACACCGGGCUACUCGUCCUGAGCUCGGAGCCGCCGCCACUGCUGCCUGCCUUCGCCCACGUGUGCGUCAGGGAGUUGUAAAGUGAGUUACGCCAACAAAUAAGCGGGAAGUCCAGCCUUGAUCUUCAGGAGCAACAUUCUCGGGGGGCCAGAGGCCGAAGUGGCGCCGACAGAAGGGCGCCCUGGGCUCGGUGGGAGCUCCGCGGGCCCUUGCCUUCGGCAUCUUCACCUCGCUCCCCUUUCUCCGAAGUUGCGGAGGUGCCUGGAAGAGGAGGGGCCUCGCCUCGGGCGCCCGAGUGAUUGGCUGCCCGGGGCCCCCGGCGAGGGCUGUGUGGUCCAGCCCGGGUGGAGAGGGGCGGAGCGGCCACUGCUCCAACCACCGCCACCACCGCCACAGCCGCAGCCGCCGCAGCCUCGGGCGCCGGGCAAGAAGCUCCGGGCGGCGGCUUCCCGGGCGCCCCGACGCGGACCGGGGCGCCGCGCUCUGCUCGCUCCGCGCCCGAGCCAUGCCGGGCAGCCGUGCGUAAUCGCCGCGCCGCCGCCGACCUGCCCUGUGCGCGGUCCCUGGUCCAGCGGAGCUUUCCGUGCUCGCAUCUCCCUCGUUCUCCGUCGGCCCCUCGCAACCAUGCCCCGGGCGACUGCUCUCGGGGUCCCGAUGCCCCUGCUGCUGCCUGUCCUGCUGCUGCUGCUACCGCCGCUGCGCCGCGGCGCCGGGGGGCUGGCGGAGCUCUCGGACGCCGCCCCGGACUCUUCGGCGCUGGAAGGCGGGGAGGGCGCGGAGCAGCAGCUGGAGCAUUACCACGACCCGUGCAAAGCCGCUGUCUUUUGGGGAGACAUUGCCUUAGAUGAAGAGGACCUGAAGUUAUUUCACGUCGACAAAGCCGGAGACUGGAUCAAGCAGUCAGCAGAGGAAGGGGAACAUAGCACAGGUGGGCUGGAGAAGCAGCAAUCUGAGAGCCGGGAGAACGCGACUGCCACCAAUACCAGCGGCGAGGAAGCUAGACGGGAUGGCGAGGAGAAUGCCAUGCUUCUGCCCAGCCCCAGGACCUCACACGCCAGAGCUGAGACCUUUUCUUCUCGGGUCCGAAGAGCCACAACCUCGAGGACAGAGAGAAUAUGGCCCGGAGGGGUCAUCCCCUACGUCAUCGGCGGGAACUUCACUGGAAGCCAGAGGGCCAUUUUUAAGCAGGCCAUGAGACACUGGGAGAAGCACACCUGUGUGACCUUCAUAGAAAGGACUGAUGAAGAGAGCUUUAUUGUGUUCAGUUACAGAACCUGCGGCUGUUGUUCCUACGUUGGGCGCCGAGGAGGAGGCCCACAGGCCAUAUCCAUUGGGAAAAACUGUGACAAGUUUGGCAUCGUGGCGCACGAGUUGGGCCAUGUGGUUGGGUUCUGGCAUGAACACACCCGGCCAGACAGAGACCAGCAUGUCACCAUCAUCAGAGAAAACAUCCAACCAGGUCAGGAGUAUAAUUUCUUAAAAAUGGAAGCUGGGGAAGUGAGCUCUCUGGGAGAGACGUACGACUUUGACAGCAUCAUGCACUACGCCCGGAAUACCUUCUCAAGAGGAGUUUUCUUAGACACCAUCCUCCCCCGCCGAGACGACAAUGGCAUCAGGCCAACCAUUGGCCAGCGCGUGCGGCUCAGUCAGGGAGACAUAGCUCAAGCCAGGAAGCUGUACAAAUGCCCAGCGUGUGGGGAGACCCUGCAGGACACAACAGGAAAUUUUUCUGCACCUGGUUUCCCAAAUGGCUACCCUUCUUACUCCCACUGUGUCUGGAGGAUAUCGGUCACUCCGGGGGAAAAGAUCAUCCUAAACUUCACAUCCAUGGAUUUGUUUAAAAGCCGCCUGUGCUGGUACGACUAUGUGGAGGUCCGGGAUGGUUAUUGGAGAAAAGCGCCCCUGUUGGGUAGGUUUUGCGGCGAUGAAGUGCCGGAGCCCCUCACCUCCACGGACAGCUGGCUCUGGGUGGAGUUCAGGAGCAGCAGUGGCAUCUUGGGCAGGGGUUUCUUCGCGGUGUACGAAGCUACGUGUGGGGGAGACAUUAACAAAGAUGCUGGUCAGAUUCAAUCUCCCAACUACCCGGAUGACUACAGACCUUCCAAGGAAUGUGUUUGGAGGAUUACGGUUUCGGAAGGGUUUCACGUGGGGCUUACCUUCCAAGCUUUCGAGAUCGAAAGGCAUGACAGCUGCGCAUACGACUACCUGGAAAUCCGCGACGGCCCCACGGAAGAGAGCGCCCUGAUUGGCCAUUUUUGUGGCUACGAGAAGCCGGAAGAUGUGAAAUCCAGUUCCAACAGAAUGUGGAUGAAGUUUGUGUCCGACGGCUCUAUCAAUAAAGCGGGCUUUGCAGCCAAUUUUUUCAAGGAGGUGGAUGAGUGUUCCUGGCCAGAUCAUGGUGGGUGUGAGCAGCGCUGUGUGAACACUCUGGGCAGCUACAGGUGCGCAUGUGAUCCUGGCUACGAGCUGGCUGCUGAUAAGAAGAUGUGUGAAGUGGCCUGUGGCGGUUUUAUUACCAAGCUGAACGGGACCAUCACCAGCCCUGGGUGGCCGAAGGAGUAUCCUACAAACAAAAACUGCGUCUGGCAGGUGGUGGCCCCUGCUCAGUACCGGAUCUCCCUUCAGUUUGAAGUGUUUGAAUUGGAAGGCAAUGAUGUCUGCAAGUACGACUUCGUGGAGGUACGCAGUGGUCUGUCCCCCGAUGCCAGGCUGCACGGCAAAUUCUGCGGCUCUGAGAUGCCCGAAGUCAUCACCUCCCAGAGCAACAACAUGCGUGUGGAGUUCAAGUCAGACAACACGGUCUCCAAACGCGGCUUCAGAGCCCACUUCUUCUCAGACAAGGACGAGUGUGCCAAGGACAACGGCGGGUGCCAGAACGAGUGUGUCAACACGUCUGGGAGCUACCUGUGCCGGUGCAGAAAUGGGUACCAGCUCCUCGAGAACGGGCACGACUGCAAGGAAGCUGGCUGCGCGCACAAGAUCAGCAGUGCAGAGGGGACCCUGGCGAGCCCCAACUGGCCCGACAAGUACCCCAGUCGGAGGGAGUGUACCUGGAACAUCUCUUCCACCGCGGGCCACCGGGUGAAACUCACAUUUAACGAGUUUGAGAUCGAGCAGCACCAAGAAUGUGCCUACGACCACCUGGAGCUGUACGACGGGCCCGACAGCCUGGCCCCCACCCUUGGCCGUUUUUGUGGCAGCGAGAAACCGGGCCCCGUGGUGGCUUCGGGCAGCAGCCUGUUCCUCAGGUUUUAUUCAGAUGCCUCUGUGCAGAGGAAAGGUUUCCAGGCGGUGCACAGCACAGAGUGCGGGGGCAGGCUGAAGGCUGAAGUGCAGACCAAAGAGCUGUAUUCCCACGCCCAGUUUGGGGACAACAACUACCCGAGCCAGGCCCGCUGCGACUGGGUGAUCGUGGCGGAGGACGGCUACGGGGUCGAGUUGAUCUUCCGGACCUUUGAGGUGGAGGAGGAGGCCGACUGUGGCUAUGACUACAUGGAGGCCUACGACGGCUACGACAACAUGGCCCCCAGGCUCGGCCGCUUCUGUGGCUCUGGGCCAUUGGAAGAGAUCUACUCUGCAGGAGAUUCUCUGAUGAUUCAGUUCCACACGGAUGACACCAUCAACAAGAAAGGCUUUCACGCCCAAUACACCAGCACCAAGUUCCAGGAUGCCCUGCACAUGAAGAAGUAACAUCGAUGUUCAUGAAAGACAGGAACUGAGAAUGUGUUUUAUAACAACAGCACCUUGUGAAUCUGCCCUAAACCAGUGUAAAGUUUUUUUUUUUUCCUCAAACAAAAACUCAAAAUCUAGCCUUGGAGGUAUGGAUCUGGUGAAGUUCAGCCAAGAAGGUGGAAAGAUGUUUCUUUGAUUCUGGCCACAGUGUUAUCAAUCAUGGACUUUGAGAGAAGAUUAAGGUUUUGAAGUCACUCACCACUCAAGCUAUGCCUGGUCAUACUCAUUCUCCUUGUCCCUUGCUCCUACAGGACAAGAGGCCAGCCCUUGGGUUGGUCACUCCUCUAUUUCUGGACGUGCUUUGGUAGGUGCCAGGCAAUGUGACUGUGUCCUGGAGACUCAGGCUGUCUUCUGUCCACAUUGAGCAGUGAGGAUAAAAGCUUGGCCGUGGCUGAUUUGUUACUCACAGCUCUGGCUGGAGACUUUUGCUUUCUGUCUGCCAGGGACAUGUCAGCCAGGAAACCUGAGAAUACGGAUGUCAGGCCUGAAAAAGAACUCGCAGGAAGCAGUGCACAGAGGGAGCUGGAGUAUAAGCAUCCUUGUCACCACGCUAGUAGACAUCAAGCCUCCCCUCUGGGUCAUUGGCUCUCCUUGCCACUUCGGGUUUCCCCCAUGCCUACUUGCAUUAGGAGGUUAAGGCAUCCACUGUGAAUUCCAUCAACACAUCUGCUGUUGAGAGUCCCAGUGUGCCGAGAAGAAAACAUCCUGCCUCCUCCUGAUACUCCUUUCCUGGCUGACUUCAGAAGACCCCACCUGUGCUUGGGAUUCCAUGGGCUUAGAAGACCAUUUCCUCCUCCAGCUUUGGAGGCACUUGCUGUGGUUGACCUUGACUUCUUGACAACUGAUUCAAACUGCAUUUGCAAGACGUGCAAAGACAGCCCAUGAGGGACCAGUUGAAAACUGGUUAAUUAUAAGUCAUGUAAUCAUCUGUGGGAGGAGUCAACCUGUGACUAACUUCCUAUCACCGGUCAGGUUAAAAAGAGUGCAUUGGUAACUUCGCUCAGGCUAACUGGUAUUCAAUCACCAACUUGCAAUCAGAAUUUACCACACUUGGCACUUGUUCUAGAGAAGUGUAGAGGAUGUUGUUUACAUAAUUUUAGGACCUCCACGUGUACCUUAAACAGUGAGGUAGUUUUGAAUGGCAUUUCAUUAAGGCAUCUAUGGGCAUUAUGAGCUAAAAGCUGUGGUAUGUUAGCUUUAAAAGAGUAUUUAUGUUGGAAUAAUUUUUAAAUAAUGUUUACAUAAUUCUAAGUCCUGUUGGGUUGGUAUUGAGCACAGGACAGCACACGAGAGUGUUUCCCGUGAGACCCAUGAUAGCUCCCAAGCACCAGAAUUCCUUUGGGAUGAAGCGACAUCAUUUUAAACAAAGUAUUUGUAAAAGCUUAAAAGUUGUAUUUUUUAAAGAUCAGAAUAUGCCCCCAGAGGACUAUGUCUAAUUAAAAUGAUGGCUGGGAGUAAAACAAACAAAGGAUAAUACAAAGAAAGGUAGAAGAGAUGCAUGGAAAUAUUUUUUUCUUUAAAACAGAAAGAAGUUCAAAGUAUUAUUAUUAAUAAUAAUAUAUGUCUGUAUAUAUGUAUGUAUGUAAAGGACCAGCUGUCAGAGCCUUAAUCGAUGCAGUGUGACAGAUGCCGACCCGCUGACCGUAGCUUUACUGAGCAGGCCCUCCUGGACCAGCCCUGCAUUUUAUGUGUGUCGUUCGCCAAGCCCUCUCUUGGCCCUGGAUGGAGAUUCGGCCUGAUUCUCACAUCGAGACACAUCCCAGGCCCUGCCUCGGGGGCACUCGGGCUCAGCAGUGGGAGCCCCUUAUCUUGUGGUCCAACCUGCCUGCGAAGGUAAAUCCCAGCUCUCAGAUUUUUGUAUUUUCUGGGGUUUUACUUUGUCUUAUCAUAUCUGUCAACGUUGAAGCUGAAAGCAGAAUACAUAAGGUGGCUAUUAGAGGUCUUUCUCCAACAACAGGAAAAAUCUGUCCUUUCGACCUCUUAGAAGCCUGAAUAAAAUCAACGAAAUCUAUGGAAAAGUGGGAGAGAGUCAGAAACAGAGUUGGUUCUGCCUUAGUGUUGGUCACCCUCGUGAAACAAUGGUACUUAUUUUUAUCUCUGUAGUAUGAAUAUUGUCAAAAACCCCCAACUUGGCCAACUUGAAACAAUGGAACACUUAUGAAAACCUUUAGUGAGGCCUUCUGCGAGUGACGUACUCCCAGACAAGACAAGCCCUGAUUCAGCUGGGGCCGUCCAGACCGCACCCCUGGAAGCUCACUUGGAGAUUGAUGCCCUGGCUUAGCGAGAGAAGGUCCACUCGGCAGGAAGACCCAGGCCCCCUGCCGAAGCUCCUCACAGGACACCUUGCACCAGCCUGCUUUGUCCUUUAACUGGGUGCUAGGCCUUGGGGAUGUCACAGAAGUCCAAGACUAGCUUAGGUUCACAGAAUUACCUUGAUGACCUGAUGAAAUAUUUGGAGUCUGGGUCAUCAGCCUGGUCCAGUUCUAGUGUCAUCUGGUCUGGCAGAAGCUAGAGCCUGAAUCCCAGAUCAGGGUGAGGGUCUGGAACUAACUUUAGCCUGUGGAGUUUCUCCAAACGGAGAAGACGAGGCUGUGCAUUGAUUCACUAUAAAACCAUUUUCCUCUAAAGUUAAGUUUCAUCUUACUCAUGAAACCCUCAGCCUGUUUAAAUCAUUUGUAAAACCCUGUUAACUAGCAAAUUCACGCUGGGAUUUGCCAUUGAUCUGGUCCAUUUGAUAAGUCUCAAAUAAUUCGUGGUAUCGUUGUUUGGUUUGCGGACAAAUGUUCCCUUGGCUUCAGCUCCCUUGUUUUUCAAGUUUCCUUGGUAGACUGAACUCCUGAAAAAUAAUCCCAAAUGCCUGAAAGGUUUCUUUUUAAAAAAGAAAGACUAUUUAGAGUGCUAUCUAUAAAUAUAUUGUACUUUUUAUUUUGCGUAAUUUUACAUUUCAUGAAAUGUUAGUUUCAAAGAGAAA